AUGCUUGCUGCUAUACGCUAUCGCGUUAGUCAAUCAGUCAAUAUCCUUCAAGCAACUAUUGUACGUCUUGGCUUUUGUACGCACAAUUUAAUAGCAACGUAUUUUCUUUAUGAUGAUAUAAAAGAUUAUUGGUGUUUACUUAAUUUAUCUGGAACCAUAUUUUUAAUUAUUGAACUUGCUGUUACCAUCAUUGAACGACAAGGUCUUGAACCAAAAUGGUUUUCACCGUCAUUUCUGAUUUUUAUUCUUACAUCAAUGCCAAGUUUAUGGUUACUCGAAGUGCGUCGUGUAGCUCAACGACGGCUAGCCUUUAGCACAAAUGAUAACGAAUCGAAUACAGAAUCUUUUGAUCAAUUUAUAUUUCGUAUGGGCACUGACGAAAUUGUUCCUAGUCAAGCUUUACCCCAUAAUAUUCUCACGAAAACGCUUCGUAUCAAUGUAAAUUCGGAAACAAAAAUCAUGGGUCUUGAAUUGUCACUUCUUCUUUUAAUUAUUAUUGGUCGUUGGCUAUUACCAAAAGGUGCAACAAGUCGUUCAAAUUUAUCACAACUCCUUCUCGUUUAUAUGUCAAUUGCAUCGGAUAUUGUCGAUUUAUUAACAAUAUUUAAUGAACAUCAAGUUCUUAGUUCACAACGAAUGCUUGUCGCUAUAUUAGUUGUUUUAUCAUGGUCAUUAUUACAAUUCGCUACAAACAUGACAGCAGCGAAUAAGAAUGCUCGUUCAACAGCUUUAGAUAAUUUUCGUUUUAGCAUAAAAAAACGGCAACGUAGUCGAAUGUUGUUCUUGUAUCUCAUGCAACGUUUAUUUGAAAAUGAUGCAUGGGAUUUGCAUGAAUUAAAUCUAAUGAGUUGUUCAGCUGUACAAUUAGCUUUGCGACUUGUUGCUGUUAUUAAAUUUGAAGUACGAAGUUAUUCGAUAUUAUUUUUUACAUGUAAAAAUAGUAUUAUUCUGUUUUUACAAGUAUAUCGUGUUGUCGCUAUCAUAACAGAAAACAAUAACAAUGAUCUUGGACCAAUAUAUGAAACAACAUUCAAUAAUGAUCAACAGCAAUCACGAACAGGAACUAGUAGUAUAAAAACGAAAAAUGAAUGCGGCUCACGAUUUUCUAUUGAAGAAGACAUGUAA